CUAUUUUAGCGACACAUUAAAUAUUUUCUUAUAUAUAUCAUCACUCUGUUUUUCUUUAUCUCUCUCUCUCUUUCUUUCUUUCUUUCUUUCUUUCUUUCUUUCUCACCUUUAGUUCAGAUCUAGCGUUUUCAUAAUAAUGCAACAAGUUCAAUAACACUUCACUGAUUAUUCAAUCUUGUGUAAUUAAAUCCGAAUCAAGAUAUGAUGCCAAGGAGAGCGGGGAAUCCUUCUAGAAGGUUCGGUGAUAGUAAAUCGAAGACUUCGCCAGUUUUGUCAAUUGGGCUUAUAGUUGUGGGAGGUUUGUUUCUCAUUGGUUACUUGUAUAGGGGCUCAGGUGGACAUGGAAGCCGUAUAGAUUCUGUUAGCAAGGUUGAAGGUGAUUAUUUGUGCAGUGGAGAGGUCCAACGUGCAAUUCCUACUUUACAGAAAACAUAUGGAGAUAGCAUGCAUAAAGUUUUGCAUGUUGGUCCUGAUACUUGCUAUGUGGUCUCUAAAUUGAAAAGGGAGGAUGAAACUGAAGCCUGGGGUGUAGAACCAUAUGAUAUUGAGGAUGUCGAUAGUAGUUGCAAAUCACUAAUCCGUAGAGGCAGUGUGCGUGUGGCUGAUGUCAAGUUUCCUCUUCCAUAUAGGCCAAAAUCUUUCUCUCUUGUAAUUGUUUCAGAUACUCUGGAUUACCUAUCCCCCAGAUACCUCAAUAAAACUCUUCCAGAUUUGGUGAGGGUAUCAUCUGAUGGUUUAGUGAUAUUCACUGGUAUUCCAACCAAUCAAAAGGCCAAGGUAGCAGAUGUUUCUAAAUUUGGAAGAGCGGCCAAGAUGAGGAGUUCAUCCUGGUGGGUCAAGUUUUUCCUUCAAAAUAACUUAGAGGAGAAUGAAGCUGUUAAUAAGAAGUUUGAGGAGGCUUCAACAAAGAGUUCAUAUGUUCCACGAUGCCAGAUAUUCCACUUGAAGUCACUCCACUGAUUUGUUGCUGCUUCAUUGAUAUAGAUAUUCCACUAUCCAUAGUUGCUGUUUCAUUUUCUUCUAAAAAAUUUCUUCUAUAAAAGGUAAUUUAAUUCAUUGAUAAGUACUCGCCAUAGAUGGUGUAUCACUUUUGUUGCUGCUUGAUAUAUAUUUAUUCUUUAAAAUACCAAUUCCUGGUUACAAAGGACGAAUCAAUUUGGUAUUUAACUUAAUUAUAAGUUGAAUUAGGGGAUCUAUAAUUAAAGUGGCGGUGAUUGUUGUACUGAAGCGAUAUUCCUAUUUUUGUUCUUGUGAAAUAUAAAUUAAAUAUUGUUAUUUUUGCUCUA